UAACGGCACGACUAACAGUUUUCUCUCGUGGACCAAACAGGCUAAUGUCCACAACGCUAACUUUUGCACUCGAUCAAUUUGCUCUUAGACAGUUUAAUCACAACGAUCCAACUUAUAAAGGAACAAUAAUUAUUCACGAUGUAGAUGACUUCGUGGCACGAGUAAAUAAAUUUUAUGCAGAAAGAGGAUCAGAUUGUUUAAAAGAUGGCUACGCUGAUUUUUGCAAACAUUUAUAUAUUCCCAACUUUACUAAAGCACAUGUUGGCUCGCUGCCGCUUUCUGAGGAAACUUUACCUUUUUUAAAAACGGGCUACAUGGCGAGAACGGCGCAGGAACUUCCUGUGCUUUGUCGCUGGUUCAGCCGUGAAGAUUUUGAGAAUAUCUCUGAAGCUCCUUUUUUGGAUAUUAUUUGUUAUUCACGAGAGCAAAUAAUAAAAGAAGCAAAAGCGAGAAACGAGCCGCUUCCAACUUACGAUUCUCCGUGGGGCAUUAUUAGCAUCAAAGCUCAAGACGUUGACUAUGAAACUCCGAUGCAACCAAUCACGAUUAUGCGAAACGCGUUAAUAGAAGAGGGAGGAAGCGGCGUUAAGAUUAAUAGAAAAAAGUAUAUGGAAGCUGUAAAGUACUGGGAAACACGCGCUCUUUUGCAAUAA